UUCUGCGAAUAGUCCCGUGAACCAGAACUUUCCGCAUGAAAGAUGGCCGGGAAUUCGAUCUUGCUGACUGCUCUCUCUGUCCUCUCUGCCUGUCAGCAGAGUUAUUUCGCUUUGCAGGUAGGAAAGGCGAGAUCAAAAUACAAAGUUACACCCCCAGCAGUCUCUGGGUCACCAGAAUUUGAGAGGAUAUUUCGUGCACAACAAAACUGUGUGGAGUUUUACCCAAUAUUUAUGAUUACAUUGUGGAUGGCUGGAUGGUAUUUCAACCAAGUUUUUGAUACUUAGACAAGUACACCAGACAAGUCUGGUGUACAUAUAUGUCCGUCCCAGUAUUUCUGGGGAUACUCAGAAGCUGCUAAAAAAAAAGGAUCACUGGUUUCCGGUUGAGUCUGGGGCUUUUGGCCUUGUUGACUGUUCUAGGCACCCCGGGGAUUGCAAGCAGCUUUCUGGAUGAAUACCUGGACUUCAGUGUUGCCAAGAAACUGAGGCACUUCUAACGUUCCCCCCUCCCUUUGCUCAAAUGCUUGCAGAAGAUGUUUCCACUCUAAAGGUUAGAUGGUGCCACUUGUUCAAUUAAAAGAAUACUGAGCAUUUGGAGGAAGCUUUAAAAAGAGCAUGGAGAGCCCCUCCCCCUCCGUCAGCCACCUCCAGUUUCUCAUCAUUUCUUAUACAUUUACUUCCUGUACCUUUCAGAAAAAGGUAAUUAUAUAUUCUGUGUCUUCUCAUUUGUUUACUUUCUUCUGUUUGUUUUUGGUUUUCAUCUGUUUCCACCCAAGAGUUUCCCUGGCAGUGUCCCUCCCCACACAGGGAGUUCACAGUCAGCCUGCCACCCAGCACCUCUUCCCAGGAGUGGCCCACUUGUUCUCCAUCCUGCCCCUGGCUGAGUAGGGCUAUGACCUUGGUACCUGGCGAGCAAGUCAAGGCCAGUGUUUGCCUGCCUGCCGCCUCUCUGCACCCUCUGCCCCAGCUCUUCAUUCGAACCCCCUUCCUUCCCAGGACCCGCCCCCAGUACAGCCAGUCCGGCUCCCGUGGCUGGGCUGGGGCUCUGGUGUGGCGAGUUAACACGUGAGUGCGCAGAAGGGAGCCUGCCUUUUGGACGCGGAGGGAGGGGGUGGCGGGAGGAAAGCUCACGCCACUCUCACUCACUUAGGACAAUGGUUAUGCCAUGCGGCCUCC